AUGUCAGCUGGGGACAUUGGCGAUUGGGAGGAUCAAGUCUCUCCAGAUGAUAUUUCUCUCGCCGCAUCGAAUCUACGCCGCAAGUCAAUUCGACGCAGUAUGAUGGUCAUUCCCGCCUCUUCAGAUUCUCCAAUCGGUUAUAGUAGCCCAAAAAUCGUGGUUCGACGAAAGAGUCUCGGAACUGCCUUAAAAAACGAUUGUACCUCCUCCCUUCAACCAGUGUCACCUCUGAGUGGACAAGGUCCUGAACACAUGAAGGUUUAUCCGGGGCAUUUACCAACCUCACCCAGACCUCCCGACGAUACUAGUCCGGAUGAAGCUUCCCCUUCGCAUUCACAUGCAGGUGCCCAAUUUUCAGAUCCUCAUGUCGAGUCUCUAAGUCGUAAAUAUGUCAAAAACUCCGACUGCCGAAAAAGCCCCACAUCGUACGAUACAAAAUCCCUUCCAAAUUCAGUAGAUGCCUUGUUUGAAAAUUACGAAAGAGAGCUUUCUGAGUGGCCAAGGCUGUUGAACCGACUGGAACAUGGAGCGUCAUUCCCUCUUCAAAAACCCUGUAUGAAGCUUGAGGAGAUGAUUGGGAACUCAAUGUUGAACCCCUUCGUAGAAUUCAUCUCUUCGAACAAAUCUAGUUCGGCGGUGAAUGAGCUGCAACGUAGGACCAAAUGGGCGUAUAGGUCGGUGAUGACUGGUUUAGUUAGAACUAAGCUGGCCUACAAGAAACUGAGGUACUCGGUAGCCGCCUUGGAACGCAGAAACGCUGAGCUGAAGAAUGCCAAACUGAAGGAUCUUCUUCCCCACCUAGCUUUGAACCCUAGUCCCAUGAGUGCGAGAGAUUUGCUUGCUUUUAUCCCAUGUCUACGGGAAGGUGGUGAGCUCCCACUGUAA